UACCCUUGUCCACAGUAUAAAUCCGGGCAGCCACCACCCUACCGCCCCUACUGGUGCAUCCCCAUUGUCCCUUCCGCGCCAUUUGUGCAGGGGGCCUGGGCAGCUCUGAGCGCUCUGCGCAUCGGGGACUGGGGCUUCUCGAAGGCUUGAAAGCGAUCCCAGAAAGAGAGGAGGGGUGGUGUAGGCUACCACCGCGGCCAUUCCUGCGCGGGACAGCGGCAGUGUCGGUAGGUGUCCGCUCGCUGCUGGUUACGCCGCCGUUCGUGCUCUGUUCUUCACGUGCGCGCGCGCCAUGGCCGGCUCCUCGAGCUCUUCCGCCGCCUGCGCCGUGCUCCUCGCGUCGCUCGUCUGCGCCGCGUGCCUCUUCGGCUCCGGGGAGGCAUCGGGGGCGGCGCACAGGGUGGUCGACCCCGAGUGGCACCCGGCCACCGCCACCUGGUACGGCAGCGCCGAGGGCGACGGCAGCGACGGCGGCGCGUGCGGGUACGGGACGCUGGUGGACGUGGUGCCGAUGAAGGCGCGCGUGGGCGCGGUGAGCCCCGUGCUGUUCAAGUCCGGCGAGGGCUGCGGCGCCUGCUACAAGGUCCGGUGCCUCGACCGCGGCAUCUGCUCGCGCCGCGCCGUCACGGUCAUCGUCACGGACGAGUGCCCCGGCGGCGUCUGCGCGGGGGGCCGCACGCACUUCGACCUCAGCGGCGCCGCGUUCGGCCGCCUCGCCGUCGCCGGCGCCGGCGGACAGCUGCGCAACCGCGGCGAGAUCAACGUCGUGUUCCGCAGGACGGCGUGCAGGUACGGGGGCAAGAACAUCGCCUUCCACGUGAACGAGGGCUCCACCAGCUUCUGGCUCUCCCUCCUGGUGGAGUUCGAGGACGGCGACGGCGACAUCGGAUCCAUGCAGCUCAAGCAGGCAAACUCGGCGCGGUGGCAGGACAUGCAGCACAUCUGGGGGGCCACGUGGAGCCUCACCCCGGGCCCGCUCGUCGGUCCCUUCUCCGUGAGGCUGACGACCCUGACCAGCAAGCAGACGCUCGCGGCCCAGGACGUCAUCCCCAAGAACUGGGCCCCCAAGGCCACUUACACCUCCCGCCUCAAUUUCGCGUAGAGAAUAUAUUCUCGCGUAGAGGAGGCCCGCGUGUUCUCAGCCCGCGGGGUAGUCAAAUGGGCUUAGAUACGGUCAUUUUUAGGCCCAUAUUGUUUCUGUGCAGUGGGCUUGUGCCCAUAUUAGUGUGUGUAGUAGCAGGGGAUGCAUGAGCAGGUAUUUGGGCCCUGGUAGCCCUCUCCAUCAAAAGCGGGAGAGAGAGCGUGUGGGCCGCAUGCUUCCUGGAGGAUGGAAAUGGGGGGAGUUCCGGUGAAGAGCGGCUGGUUGGCAUACUUUUAUUUCCGCGUUUUUCGUUUGUGACCGUUACUACCAUGCCCUUGGUACCACGAACUUGUUUACAUGGGUUGUAACUUAUGCACUGUAAACUAUAUCUUGUAUUGUUCGUUCAUGUUAUCUGUCGAGGAACGGAUCCAUCUGAAAAAUUAUGCAAGUUCGCAU